AUGUUUAAAAAGUCGGAAGUCAUUGGUGAUAUCACUUCAUCAAGCAGCACAUUAACCUGUCAUGCUGGAAAGCAAACCUCAUUUCUUUCAAAAAGCCUCGAGUAUGGUGAUAUGCUUCCACCGGAAGUCGAGGAAGGCUGUAUUGAAUACAAGCUCAAACUAAUCGAUCCCACACCCGAGCGAUUACAGCAUUUGGUUACGCAGUUGAAGUGGAGACUGGCUGAGGGAUCUGGCGAAGCCAUUUACGAAAUAGGCGUAUCGGAUGAUGGAACUCUUGUCGGUUUAUGCCAAGAAGAAAUGGAUACAUCGCUCUCUACUCUAAAAAAAAUGGGGGCAACUCUCAAUGCAGACAUGUCUAUAGCUCGAAAGCAAUAUGUUGGGAAAAAUCGAUGUGUGGUCGAGGUUCUUUUUAAAAAGGCGCUAUUUGACGAUCACCACUUUCUUGAAAUUCGGGUUGCUAUUCUAGGUGGUUUGGACGCUGGAAAGUCUUCUCUACUGGGAGUAUUGACGCAUUCUGAAAAUGACAAUGGCCGUGGAAAAUCUCGCUUGAAUUUACUUCGACAUCCUCAUGAAAUUGAGAGUGGACGCACCUCGUCCGUCUCUCAUCAAAUCGUUGGAUUUGAUGCACAGGGAAAACUCAUUAAUUAUGCAUCCAGUAAUAUUUCCACAUGGAAUCAGAUAUGCGAACUCUCAACAAAGAUUGUUGCAUUUUUAGACAUGUGUGGCCAUCCCAAAUAUCAAAAAACUACAAUUAGUGGUUUGAUUGGAACUGCUUUUGACUAUUCGUGUCUUAUCGUCAACUCCAAUGCGUCAGGACUUCCAGAUGUAGCACGUGAACAUAUUGGGAUUUCUGUAUUGCUCAACAUACCAGUUUUUGUCGUCAUGACUAAAAUUGAUGUUGCAUCUCCAAAUCACCUCAUAUGCACGAUUCAGUCACUCUUGGCAUUACUGAAAUCUCCAGGUGUUUGUAAAACGCCGCUGAUUGUGCAAACCAAAAACGACCUUGUAGCUUGCGUUCCAAAUUUUGUAUCUGCUCGCACUGUUCCUAUUUUUCUCACCUCUAGUGUCACUGGAGAUAACCUCGAUCUUUUGAUAGAAUUUUUAAAUAUUCUACCCAGACCGCCAUGUAGUUUUGAGCAGUAUUUGAAUAAUGAGGCCGAGUAUCAGAUUGAAAAAGUUUACUCUAUUCCUGGGGUUGGGUGUGUUGUUGCAGGAAUUAUGGUGUCAGGACGUAUGCAUCUUUCGGGUAGCAAGCCUAUUUCCUGUUAUUUGGGUCCAGAUCGAGGAAAAUAUAUCCCCGUGUAUGUUUGCUCCUUACAUCGACAAAAAUGUGCGGUUAAACAUGUUCAAGCCGGACAGAUAGCAACAUGCGCUUUGUUAUUUCAAUCCAGUUCAUUGCCGGCAUCUUCAGCACAAACACAUGUGAAUAAACCCAACUUGUGCUCAUUUGAAAUACCAGAAACGCAGUCUCGCAUAAAACAUCAAAACACCAUCACACAACCAUCAGCAAAUUCAUGGAUUGACACUCCUCCUGCUGGAUUUAAACUUCGUCGUGGGCAAAUUCUUGUUACUACAGCAAGCUUUGCUACUCUCCCAGAAAGCUACUGGGAGUUUGAAGUGGAUAUGCAUGUACUUUACCAUUCGACGUGUCUGACAUAUGGCAGUCAGGGAACAAUGUAUUGUGGUGUUUUGAGACAAAGCGCCAAAGUUGUAGAUAUUUGUCCCGCGAGUCCGGUAAUCUGUACUAAUGGUAUAUUAUCCAGCGCGCCUACAUCUCGCGCUCCAACAUCUUCCGAGUUUUCAGCUGCAAGCCAAGAUGACGAGUCCAUUCAUUCAAAUCACCAUGGCUCACAUCCUGCUUCAUGGGAUACUAAUCAAGCAUCUGCAAUUGUCCCAACGUUUAAUUCAGACAAUACAUCUGACAAUACCAACAAUGCAACAAUGACUAGCUCUCCAUCACCUACGUGGUCGGAAUGGACUGAUGCGAUGGGUGGUCAAGUUAGUGCCGCAUGGGCACAACCAACCAACUUGCCCUUGUGUAAACCGAAAAACCGACGCAAUACAUCCUGUUCAUCACGAGGUUCGGAUGGACACACACCACUUUGCGUCAGUACGUUGACCUUGAAUGAUAUCACUGCACCCGCUUCGAUACAAAAACAACAUGCUAAUGCAAGACUGUUUGGGAUCAACUUGAAAACUGAUCAUGCAGGCGUGGAUACUUGUAAUACAUUUUGCACAGCGGGUAUGCCUUUUCAACGCGGUAAACGGUCAUCAAAAACCCGUCGAGACAGUAUUGUGAAUCUCACCAAUACUGUCACAUCAAGGCUAGUAACGGGUGAUCGUGGUCGUGUUCGGUUUCGGUUUCUCCACGAGCCGGAAUGGCUUGUGCCAGGUCGAACUGUUUUUUUUUGUGGCACAAAUCGUAUGAAAUGUGUAGGCAAAAUCAUUGCAGUUUCAUAACCAUAGCUGGGUUAAAUCAUUGUAAUCCUUCAAAACUUUAUCGAAUAAAGAUAUUGAAUCACGUUUUAUCUUGC